GACAGUGCGCACGCGCGUGGGCACUGCUGAGCCCUGGCCCUUGACUCUGUCUGUGGCCACGGUUUCUCUAGUGCGGGAGCCAGCCCGAAGCUGGAGGCCACCAGACAUUUCUCCUACUUGUGUCUGUGGCCAUUGGUAGGGGGCCUCAGGGAGCGGGGGACUCUGGGAAGCCAGAGGGAAGCUGCUGACAAGGUCUGCUUUGGCUCCCCACCUCCCUCUGGUGUUGUCACCUUUCCUGAGAAGGCAAGGAGGGCGGGACCACCUGUGUUCUAUUUGCACAUCAACAGCAGGGGCUUAUACUUCCCCUAGGGGCUAACACAGGGGGCUGUGGGAUGGACCAUAGUUAGCACUUGCCCAGUGUGCUGGGGGGAUGUAGUCAUGCUGAGGUAUUUAAGGGCUGGGAAGACUUCAUCUUUGACCGUCCUGGUGGCUCUCCUGCCUCCUUCUCUCCUCCACUAAGACCGAGGCUGGUCCUGAGAUCCUCCAGAGAGCUAGUCCAGACACCACCUUUUGGCACCCGACGUGGGCCUCUGGAAAGCGUAGAAUAUUUUGUCUCCCCAGUUUGGGGGCUCUAGAAAGCACACUCUAUUUAGCGCCCAAGUGAGGCCUUAGACGUGGGGUUCUGGAAAGCGUAGAAUAUUUUGUCUCCCCAGUUUGGGGCUCAAGGAAGCACACUGUGUUUAGCGCCCAAGUGAGGCCUUAGACGUGGGGUUCUGGACGUUAAGCCCUAUUCUCAGCAGCUCAACUGACAGGAGUGUCAAUUUCAGUGGAGAAGUCCCCAAGAUCUGUGAAGACUCUGAUCAUCCCCAGGCAGCAGAUGGAGCCCAUGGAGGGUGUGACUUCUGGCUUUCCCAUGGCCCCCAGUCAGGAACCAGUGACCUUCCAGGAUGUGGCCGUGGACUUCACCUGUGAGGAGUGGAUGGUCCUGGAGCCUGCCCAGAGGGUCCUGCACAGGAAUGUGAUGCUGGAGAACUACCAGAACCUGGUCUCUGUGGGGAUUCCUGUUUCCAGCCUGGAUCUGAUUUCUGUGUUGGAGAAGCAAGAAGCAGCCUCGAGUCCCAAGAGCAGAGACUCCAGUGGGUCUCAUCAAGAUUUAUUUACUGAUCAUCAGAGAACUCAGCCCGGAGAGGAGCCAUUUAUGUGUAAGGCAUGUGGGAAAGGUUUUAGUCGGAGGAACAAUCUCACUAGUCAUCAGAGAAUUCAUACGGGAGAAAAACCCUUUGAAUGUGAGGAAUGUGGAAAAGCCUUCAGCCAAAAACGAUACCUUACUGAUCAUCAGAGAACUCACACUGGAGAGAAACCAUUUGGUUGUAAGAAAUGUGGGAAAUCCUUCAGUGAUCGAGGAUACCUUACUGUACAUCAGCGAACUCACACUGGAGAGAAACCAUUUGUAUGUAAGCAAUGUGGGAAAGGUUUUAUUCAUAGGAACAGUCUCACUAUUCAUCAGAGAGUUCAUACAGGAGACAAACCCUUUGUAUGUAAUGAAUGUGGAAAAGCCUAUAGCCAGAGAAAACAACUCAUUCAUCAUCAAAAAAUUCAUACUGGAGAGAAACCCUUUGUAUGUACGGAAUGUGGAAAAGCUUUCAGCCAUCGAGGAUGCCUUACUGUACAUCAGAGAACUCACACUGGAGAGAAACCAUUUGUAUGUAGAGAAUGUGGAAAAGCCUUCAGCCAAAAACGAUACCUUACUGAUCAUCAGAGAACUCACACUGGAGAGAAACCCUUUGAAUGUAAGGAAUGUGGAAAUGCCUUCAGCCAAAGACAGCACCUCCUUCGGCAUCAAAAAAUUCAUACCGGAGAAAAAUCUUUUGUAUGUAAUGAGUGUGGGAAAGGCUUUAGUAGGAGGUCUAGCCUUAUUAGGCAUCAGAAAAUUCAUACUAAAGAGAAAUAGAAUUUGUUGAAAUAGAGAGAUUUCAGACAGGAACUACCCCUUUACUGUUACCAGAGAAUUUAUAUAAUUCUAACAACUCAGUAGAAGAAAAAUCUAUUCUUCCUAAAAUAAUUAAUGUGGCUCUUUUUGGUUAACAUGUCACCUGCACUUCUUAAGCUGGGCCUUUUUCAUCCCUCCAAAUCCAACAUAUGAAAAAACUGACAUUGUAUGUAUUGUUUCACACUGAGUCCACCAUACUUGUAAAGAAGAGGGGAUGGCGUAACAUUGUCUUCCCUCAGAAUUUGAUUUGGUUUUUAUAACUUCUUUAGUCUGAUUUCUAAUAUAUUGAUGUAUUUAAUAAAUGAUAUUCUAUUCAUUUUGUAUUUUACUAGUAUAUGGCUUUUGAGCAAUAAUUUAUCUUCUUGGUGCCUGCUUUAUCUGUAUGCCAGAAAUUUUGGAAUAUUGACUCACUUUUACUACUGUCUUUGAAGUUGUUCCUGUUUCUACAGUCUGUCCCUUGACUGACAUAUUUAAGAUUUCACUGUUUCAGUUUUCCUUUAAAACUAACUUUUGCAGUGCUGUCUGAAUUGAUUAUUAUUUAACUUAUGUUAUCAUCUGUGAAGGAAAGGAUUAGUGUUUGUGAUAUAUAUAUAUAUAUAUAUUUCCUUAAAAAAAAAAAAAAGGAAAUUCCUUAGAUGCGAAGGAGAUCAAAUCAGUCAAUUCUUGAAUAAAUAGAAUCCUCCUUGGAAGGACAAAAACUGAAAUUGAAUCAUAUAUUUUGGCCAAUGAAAAGAAGAAUUCAUGGAAAAAGAACUGAUACUGGGAGAAAUUGAAGGGAAAAGGAGAUUAGGAAAGGCAGAAGAGAAGAUGGACAUUUAGUGUCACAGAAGCAACAAAUAUGAGUUUCUAUAGUCUUCGAAAAGUGAUCAAGGCUAGAAGGACCUGGUGUGUUACAAUCCGUGCACUCAUCAAGAAUGGUACAUGAUUGAACAAACAAGCAUUUCAGGUAUUGUACUAAGCACCAGGGAUACAAGUGGAGUGGAGUCAAAACAAGGGAAAAGACAACAUCUGCCCUCAAGGAACUUACAAUCUAAUUAGGAAAGACAACAUGCAAACAAAUAUAGACAAAGCAAGCUAACUCCAGGAUAAAUAAGAAAAAAAAAUUAUCAGAAAAAAGAUAUUAGAAUUAAAAGAGUUGGAGAAGGCUUUCUAUAGAUUUUAGUAAAAACCUAAAGGAUUCCAAGGUAGCCAGUAGACAGAGAUGAGGAGGCAGAGCAUUUCAGGUAUGGGGGGUCAUGAGAAAGAAUAUUUGGAUUUGAGAGAUGAAGUGUUUUGUUCAUGAAAGAGGAGGCUAGUACCACUGGACUGAAGAGUAAAUUUUGGGGAGUGAAAUAUAAAAAGACUGGAAGGGCUUUGAAGGGCUUUGAAAAACUAACAGGAUUUUGCAUUUGAUCCUCAAAGCAAUAGGGAGUCAUUGGGAUAUGUUGAGUGAGAGAUGAGAAGUUGUUUGACAUGAUUGGAUUGGACAUGAGGAUGGAUUGGAGGAGGGAAAGACCCAUCAGCAAGCUAUUGCAGUAAUCUAGAUAUGAAGUGAGCAUGAUGGUCAGAGGAGAGAAGAGGAUUUAUUGGGGAAAUGUUACAAAGACAAAAUCAAGAGAUUAUAACAGAUUUGUUGUGGGGGAACAGGUGCUUCUAGAAUAAUAGAUGAUGUUAGUUCAGUUUUGGACAUGAUGAAUUUAAAAUGUCUAUUGCACAUCCAGUUCCAACCCCUAUAUAUUCCUUAAAGAGCCUUUCUUCCCCACAUGAAGACCCAUGUCUGCUUCCUAGAUCAACCACCUGUGAAUAAAGGAAUAAAACUUCCUUUUGACACCAAAAAGAAGGAAUAAAUUAAUAAAACUUACUUUUGUCACAAACAGAUUUUGGAUCCAUGAAUUCUUUCAUGUUGGAUCUGUGCCAAGACCAGAGGGGAUUCUCACAUCAAUUCUCACACCUCAAUUCUCUCCCACCAGAACUGCAUCAGUAUCUUCUAAAUGGGGCAACAGAGGAAUGUGCAUAUUUCUUUGUCAUAUAUGGAAUUUCUACACAAAUUAACUACUGAGACACAGAAAUAUGGCCCAGAAAUAUAAGAAAGUAGAAAUAAUUCAUACAUCCUUUCAUUCACUAAUGAAAUAAGGAUGGAAAUUGGCCCUCGUUCAGGAAUCACCAACAAAAAAUAUAAAUCUAAAUGGAGAUUUAUCAGUAACAUUUUUUUUGUUUGUUUUUUUUUGUUUUUUUUUGAGUAAUAUGUUAAAUAAUGACUGAGUCACAGAACAAAUUUCAAAAGUGCUACAUUUUUAAAAGAAAAUGGGUAUGAUUAAACAACAUCCUUAAUUUUCUGGGAUUCAGCUAAAGUGGGGAGUGGACAUAGACUUAAAGUCUCACAUUGAGCAUUUAAAAAGAGAAGAUUAAAUCUGCAUUCUUAAAAGGUAGAAAAAUAAAUUAAUAAAGCAAAAAUCAGUAUACAUAUCAAAAUAUUUAAAUUAGAAGGGAACUACAUAAAUUGUAAAUAAAAAAAUUAUAAUGGAAAAUGGCUUCUUUGAAAUGAUUAAUAAUAAUCAAUCUGAUCAAAAAGAGCAGAAAAAAGUCAACAAAAUAAUGAUGUUAGUUUUGUGUUUUUUUUUUUUCACUUUAAAAGUGACAAAGCUGUCCCAAAAUCAAAUUUAUAUAAUGAGAAAGGCUCCAUGUGUUUCCCUGCAAGCCAUAUUAUGAGGGUCUCUGGACAAAUGAGUGGGGUUGCCUGGCAAUCUAAAGGCCCAAAAGGCUACUCCUAUCAGGGUCCAUCAGAUAUGAGAUUUCCCAAGAUGGUACAUUGCCACACCCAGCUCUACUGAGCAGAUGAACUUCCAUGUGAAACCAAGGUCAGUCUUGUCUACUUAAGCUUAAGAACACUAACAUCUUUACUAAAUGCCCUGUUAAUGCUAUAAUUAAAUAAAUCUCCUUUUACUUAUGGAAAUCCCUAGGAAUAUCUAAUUUUUACUUGACAUUUAAACUGAAUAUUGGCUUGAGUCAUUUCCAUCCAUUAGAUUCUUCUAAGUAAAGCUAAAAACAGGCUAUCACCCCUGUUUUUCAAUUUUCUUCCCUCUCUUUAGUUUGCUUCUUUAAAUCUUCCUUGGAGCUCCUUCCAGUAACUCUUCCUGAGCCACAGACUCAUCCACAUUUAAUAUGGGUUUUUCAUGUAGCCAACUUUGACAAAAAGAUAAAGUGGAAGAAGAUUUUAUUUAACCAUUCUCCAAGUAAUGGGCAUCCACUCAAUUUCCAGUUUCUUGCCAUAAAUAGUUUUGUACAUGUGGGUCCCUUUCUUUCCUUUAAGCUCUCUUUUAAAUCCCAGUAGAAACACUGCUGAGUCAAGGGGCGUGCACAAUUUGAUAACCUUUUGAGCACAGUUCCAAAUAGCUCUCCAGAAUGGUUGUAUAUAUAGGACUGAAACGCUUGAGUCAAGCACUUGAGACUAACUACUGAUUGGACAAUACUCUAUGGGCAUGUGCUUGGAAAAUGGCCCUUCCCACUAUCCUGUGCUGGCUCAAUAAUUGGUGUAUAUAGAGGAGUGUAGGAGAGACUAGAGGGUGGAGUAAGACUAGCCAGAGUCACUUUGAUGAAGGCAGUUGCAGAGAUUCUACUUCUAUCCCCUUCGCUUCUAUCCUUAAAGACCAAGAAUAAAGACUAAGGACUUUUGCUUAUCCUGACUCCGGCUGAUUCUAAGAUAUCCUGGGUGUUAGCGUGGUGGUUAUAGUUGUAUCCAUUCACAAUUCCACCAACAAUGUAUUAGUUCCAGUUUUCCCAUAUUCUAGAGGAGCAAGGAUGAUAGCCAAUAAAAUAUCUAUUUUUCAA